AUGCUUUCGGCAUCGCAGAAAACAUCUAUUCACGUGGAAUUCUUCGGACAACCAAUCAGAUUGACUAUAUAUUGGUGUCAAUCACCGUUGAAGAGUUCUGUACUUAAUAGUCGUUCUUAUCGGGGCACCGAAACUGGUAACCGCCAUGGAUCAGAUCAUGUUAUGGUUCAAGCCAAGAUUCGUAUAAAAUUAACAAGUCCAGCAUGGAGGGACAGAAAUCGCUAUUGGAACGAUAUGGCGUUGAGAAUGGAGACGGCAGCUCGGAUAGGUGGUAAUAGGAAAAUGUUUCGCCUUCAUCACAAAGCAACUAUAACUCGAGAAGGAGUCAGUGAAAUGAUACGGGAUAUUAAUNCUUUCGGCAUCGGAGAAAACAUCUAUUCACGUGGAACUCUUCGGACAACCAAUCAAAUGAACUAUAUAUUGGUGUCAAUCACCGUUGAAGAAUUGACUAUAUAUUGGUGUCAAUCACCGUUGAAGAGUUCUGUACUUAAUAGUCGUUCUUAUCGGGGCACCGAAACUGGUAACCGCCAUGGAUCAGAUCAUGUUAUGGUUCAAGCCAAGAUUCGUAUAAAAUUAACAAGUCGUAAGAAACAACCCGAGAUCUUUCAAUUAUCUCAAAUUAAAAAAUCCAGGAGCAAUAAAUGUAUUUCAAACCAUAUUACUGGAACACCUUAG